ACUGCCGUUCAGUCAUCACGGCUAAACAAUAAUUUUUAAACCAAAAGUAUUUGUGUUGUACGCGCUUUGAGUGUACUACUAGUACGUAUGUUCUACUCCACGUUCGUAUUUCGUUUGCAUCGCUUAUCUAUUAAACUAUUUAAUUUUACACUUACAACUUUAUCGCGUAGUGUAUAUAUUUCGGUUCUAAUGCAUCGAAAUUGUUUUUGUUGACGGUUUAAAUUUGGCCAUAAAUGAUUGAUUCUUGUGUUAAAAGAAAAAUCAAAAAGACAAUGGACAAGGCCAUGUUUUAAGAUAGUUUGAACCAAGGAAUCCAAAUCUGUGAGGUUGCAGUGUUGCAAAUGAAACAUAGUAAAGAAACCUGACCAAAAUUAGAGUUCAAAGUUACGAAUACUAAUUAAAUAAAUUGAAAAAAGCGGUAAAAAUUGUUUGAAAAAUAUUAAAAGAAACAAAAUAUUGAAUUGUUAAACGCCGUGAAUUUGUACAACAACGGAGUCACAAUUGGAUUUUCGCAACAACGAAACACACUGGAAUUAGCCGUUAACAUAUGCCCUGAAUUUGACACAUCACACCAUCUUUGCCAAUAUUUGCUGAAACAUUUAAAGGAUUUAUAUGAAAACAGCAACAGCCACCAGAUUAAAAUUUAGAAUGCUUAUGCUGCACUACAGUAAGCACGGUGAGUGCAUACUCCAAGAAAUUGGUGCAGCAUUUCGUGGCGAACAUCCAGCUGACUUAUUGCUGAUAUGCAAUGAUCGAGAAACGCUUCAAGCCCAUCGAUUAGUGUUGGCUGCCGCCAGUCCUCUUAUAAGAACUAUUUUGAAAGAUGUACCAGUGAUCGAAGGCAUAACAACAAUACAUUUUCCAGAUAUUGAAGCCGCAUACUUUCGAUCUCUAUUAGACUUUCUAUAUUCAGGACAAACAUGUGUGCCGGCAGCAGAUGUUGAACAUUUGCAUGAUCUCUUAGAUUUAUUACAAAUCAAACCAGGUGUAUGGAGAACUGGUGAUAAAAACGGCAAAGAAACCAUUGAAGUGUUGACACGAAUAUUCACAGAGAACAAUCAAAAAUUGGACGCACAUCACACCGAUCUAAAUUGCAAUCAAAAUGAAGAAGAUAUCGAUGGAACACAACAUGAUGAUGAGCAUACGCUACGUUCAUUGCAUCAAUCAAAAAGCCGAGAUUCAUCACCUAAUGCCCACCAUUUUGUAAAAAUGGAGCAAAUAAAUGAGAGUUCAUGUGACGAUGAUCGUGAAGAUGAUGAUAAUCUAAAUGUUGAUGAAGAACAGCCGUCCAUCGAGUUGAAGCGUCACCGGAGAAAAAAGAUCAGUAUAAACACAAAUAGCGCUGGAAAUGAUAGGGAUUCAAGUGAUGAAAAAACACAAGAUACGUCCGACGUAAGCGAACGAAGGCAUAGUUCAUCUGAUCCAGUAAACCUUUCACUUGGCUGCCGAGAUCGUGAAGAUGACUCAAAUGAUGGACACAUUGACGUUGAAACAAUAGGAAAUGCUCCCAGUAAAAGCUUGAUACCAGCACGCUUACUUGAACCAUUCCGAUCUAAACGAAAAGUUUUGUACCAUCAUCCCGAUACAGAAAUGUUGAAACUGCCACCAGAUCAUGACCUCAUUCAAAAUACACCCGAAAAUUAUGUUGUAACACCCCACAGAAAAAGACGCCCCGGCUUUCAUAAUUCACCGACUCAAAAUCCACCAUUCGUACCUUAUAACCAUGGUUAUAUUGAAGAUUUAAGGUCACGUAAAGGACCACCGUCUUCAUCAGCUCCACCGUCUUAUUUUCCAGGAGAUCGAAGACCACUAUCGCCAACAUCGCCAGCCGAAAUACUCUUCCAUUCAAAUCACCAUAAUAACAACACACGACGAAGACCACCAAGUGCAGAUGGCCCACUACAAAUGCCACCGUCAUUUGUUUAUCCUUGGCCGCCACAUACAGCAGCACUUGGUGUAACAGCAAUACAAACAUCGAAUUCAUUGAAUAACAAUGCGAUCGGACAUUCAGAGAACUCGAUCGAAAAUCAACAGACGAGCCGAAACAGUACUUCUAGUACGGGGACUGGUGGCAGCACCGGUAGUACGCAGUCAACAAAUUCAGCACCAGUACGAGAAUAUCGUUGUGAAUAUUGUGGCAAACAAUUCGGUAUGUCCUGGAAUUUGAAAACGCAUCUACGUGUUCAUACCGGCGAAAAACCGUUUGCAUGCCGUCUAUGUGUUGCUAUGUUCAAACAGAAAGCACAUUUACUAAAGCAUUUGUGUUCGGUUCAUCGCAAUAUGAUCAGUACACCCGAGGCAAAUGGUAGAUUUAGUUGCUGCUUCUGCUCAAUGUGGUUCGACACACUUCAAGAACUAGUUCGACAUUUAUCUGGGCACCACAACAACAUGUUAUUGAGCAAAAAUUUAACGUUACGAGAUUGAUGCGUUAUCACCUCAAACACAAAAUAUGCAAAAAAAAAUAUUUUCACAACUUUUUAUACCACUUAUUUAGGUGAUAUACAGAAAUGUUACCUUGUUGAUAGUUUUUUUUAGUUUGAUCAACUAGCAGUUAACACUUUUUCUUUCAAAUUCACGAUUUUUAUGAUCAAUUCGCACAUUAACAUAAUAAUAACCUAUUUUAAGUAUGUACGUUAAUGAAAUUUUAGAAGAAAGCUUUUACAUUAAUAUAAAUUUUGAAGAAAAAAGUGUGUAUAUGUAGAUGUGUGUGUGUGUGUACGCGUGUGUGUGUGUGUGUGUGCGAGCAUGUUUGUGUGCGUGAAAUACAACAUCAGGUUAAUUGUAACGGAAACUUAACGAUAUACACCACACGAAGAAAAAACAGCAGAAGCAAUCUGUGAUUAUUAUUGUUAUAAAAAUAAGUAUAAAGUUCAUUUUCGUUUUUGGAGUAAACAAAUGAAAUAGAAUUUUCCAUAUUCGAUAAACUUGAAAUGAAUGUAUUCUUCGUUCAUUGGAACCAAGAUUUUUACCAGAACCAUUUACUCACAGUAAACCUUUGAAUUCUACAUUGAACCAACUAAAUAUAGGGUUGCACUUUUCUGAGGAACUAAUGCAUUAUUUGUGUGUGAGAGAUUAUUGCGCAGUGCGCACUGAUUGUUUUAUAUCAUUUUUAUACCCAAAACAUAUACACAACAUUUCGUUUGAAACGAGUUCUAUUUUCGUCAAACAUAUUUUCCAGUUUUGGUAAUCCCUUGAAAUUUUAAAAUAACAAAAACUAUAAAGUUUAAGUUAAAUGGAAAUAAUCAUCAGUGCAAACUCAAAAUACCGUCCGCAAAAGCUGAAAUGAGAUCUUAGCUAUUCAACUCUGAUGGAAACUAAAUAUCAACCAAUAUGACGAAAUGAAAGGAAUAAUGUUACCAAUAUAGAAUAUUCAAAUACAAAUUGAGCUUCAAAUGAUAUUUAAGAUCCAAAAUAUAAUCCCAACUAAUUAUUUUUUUUUACUAUUUUGACCCUCAGAAUUAGUGUAAUCGAAAUUUCCCACCCCGUUAUAUUUAAGAUGUUUGAAAUUCCAUUUCACUUUUGCAUUUGUUUGCAAUGUGAAAAAUUUGCGUAAAUUAUUUCGUAGAAAAAAUUAUUCCUAAAUAAAUUUGUAAAAGAUAGCUAUAGGAAGUAUACUUGUAACUAUCAUUAAAGGUGUAAAAGAGUGUAUUGAUCGCGAACAACAAACGUGUUUGUUUGUCUUUUGUCACUUCUCAAAUAACAGAAAUAACGCAUUUUGAUGUUAUUUUUCUUUUUGUGAGAAGUGUUCACAGCCGUUCUUUAGCAAGAUUUUUUCAACAAUAAAAAAGUAUUACAUUUAAUUUGUUGACUUUUGUUCAAAACUUUGAUUAUUUUCAAAGAAGCGGUAUAUAUCCAACAGAAUGGAUAUUGUUUUAUAAAAAAUAAGCACUCAUUUCUCUUCACUACAUUUCAGAUAUUUAUUUGUGUAUUAAAUAAUGAACGUGGAGUAAUCGUUAUAAGGCAUCUAACCACCGCUUUAAUAUGAAAUGUACAAAUCUACCAUCUAAUGUAACGGAUCCUUUACAAUCUAAUAAAUAUAUAUUAUUGAUGAAUCGUAAAUUGUUGUAAUUGGCAACAAAUAUUACAAUGCGAUUUUGUUUAUUGAGAAUAAAACCACGCAAUAUAGGAUUUGGAAUAAAAUGUAUCGCAUGUAGUGAUUAUAGUAACAUUGUUAGUAACAUUCCUUCAUAUUUUCUUGUCCAACUGCGAGAACAUAAAGAAUUGAUUUACAUUUUUUUUUCUUGCAGAGUGAUAUAUUGAAUUGAUUUACAUAUGUAAUCUAGGGGUUUCAUUUUGGUGGUUUCAGUUAGAUAUUCAAAUCAGAAAUAAAUAUGAAAGUAUUGUUAGAUAACUUGUUAAAAAGUUUUCCAAAAAAUUACAUUCAGAAUUUUCACCACUUCAUAAUAUGACAAUAAUUUUCUGAUAUUCCAAAAAGCGGUUAUUACACUAUAUAUUUUAAGUGUUUUUUUUUAUUUGAAUGGUAGUUUUUCGAUUUUAUAGAAAAUUAUACGACGCACAAAAAACGAAAAACUAAACCGGAUUUUCAAAUUCCACAAGUAUUAUGCGCAAUCAAUAGUAAUAGUAAUGAACCACCAGUAAUGUUCAGCUAGUUCAUUUUUUUUUUCAUAUACACUAGCGCCUCUCAUAUAAAUAGCACACAUCGGUGGACAACAGAUGAUUUUUUUGCGUUCACUCACAAAACUAUAAUUCAUUGGGAAAUACAUAUGUACCUGAAGCAAUGUUCCGCAAAACAAUGUUCUGCAAAUCAUAUACAAAAUUCGUCAGAAUGAGAAAUUAAUUACAACACUUUUAAAUCGAACUUUAGUAAAAAAAAUAAUGCACCACCUAAUCACUAAGUAUUUUUUAUCAAUUUUUUAACCGUAUGCUAUUAGAUUAUUCCAUAUUAUGAAGCGUCCAGUUUAAUGAGAAGUCUAACAAUUCCUUUUUUCUAUUUGUUUUUCAAUUUUCCCAUUUCUGUGAAACGAUCAGGGAAAAAUAAUUGGAAUUAAUAUAGAAUAAUGCAAAGACGAUGAAACAAAUACUGCAAAUUACUAUUGGAGAUUGAGAAAUAUAAACUGGACGUUAAAAGUUUAAUUAAUACCAGCAAUUAAUAAUAGUUUAUAUUAUUAAUACCGUUGAAUUUAUUGCAUUAGAAGCAUUAUUAUGCUUCCCAUCGAUGGAAUCACCAACUCGAUAGCUUAUAUAAAAGCGUACU